AUGAGUAUCGAAGCGCGCAAAAGGUUACUGCUUGAUCUGCGUAAGCUGCAACAAGAAUUGCCAGAUUUCGUUUGCGCCAGCCCGAUUGAGGGGGACUUGUUCAACUGGCAGGCUGUGAUCCUAGGACCGGUCGACACCGAGUGGGACGGAGGCAUAUUCACGCUCUCACUUAAGUUUCCGAGCGAUUAUCCGCACGCACCUCCAACUGUCAAGUUCACAACGCGAAUUUUCCACCCGAACGUCUAUCGGGACGGCAGCAUCUGUCUGGACAUCCUGGACAGGGAGUGGAGCCCGGUCUUCGACGUAUGCGGAAUACUCACUUCGAUACAGUCGCUUCUCACCGACCCCAACAACAAAAGCCCGGCGAAUAGGGAGGCGGCUAUACUAUACACCGAGCAUCGCGCGGAGUUCAACGAUAUAAUGCACGCUGCUGCGCGCAGCUUUGGUAACAUAGAGCAGCUGCUGGAGGCAUUUUUCGGUUUUCUUUGCACACAGACGGACUUCUAUCACACCCAGCUGACGGAGCGUGAAAUUACCAAGUUCAGCAUUGACCACUCCGUGAACGAACGAGGAUUUAGGAGGGAUCACAUGCGAAACCUACUUAUACGGAUAUUUGAAAAAAAUCUGGAAUUGUACCGGCAAAGAUACCAACCCUACCUGCUCGAGACCCCGGCGGAGCAGACACCGACGCAAAAACGAACAUCGGUUCCCAGUACCGCUCCUAGCAAUGAGCCAUCAACGAAGGAGCAUGAAAACCAGGCACAAGAGAGCAAGGAACAACUCCCGCCAACGGAAACCGCUGGUGGAAGCGUUGAGAAGCAUGAUGCCACCGGCUCCAGCACGGUCUCUGAUGAAUCACCCACAAACGUGGCCCAGGGUACGACCGUUGACGAUUCAGGUGUGAUAACUGACGUCACGGCUAAGCCCGAUGCCCACAAUGAUGGCUUAGAUCGUGGAGAUGGAAAUACCGUGACAUGCAGUGCCUCCACGGAAGAAAAUCAAACUGAGAUGCAACCGCCUAACAAAGGCGACAGCGAGAAGAAGAUAGAUACGGCCACUGAAUCGAUAUUCCCGCAUGUAAGCGGGGUAGAUCCAUCGGCUCUGGAACGGCUGCGAACUAACUUCACACUGUCACCGUUCAAUGGGGGCAAAACAAACAUUUAUUGCUGGAACCAGACGUUCACUGAUGUCACCAUCGAAGUUGUUACGGGCGACUAUCUCACCGGCAAAGACGUUGAUUUGAAGGUCACGCGCGACCACAUCCAGCUCAAGCUCUGGGGCAAGCACAUUUUUUCGGGGAAGCUGCCCCAACCUGUCAACGCCGCUGACUCGACUUGGAGCAUCGAAGAUAAGCGCAUACUCAUGAUUUCAUUGGAUAAAAUUGAGGAGCGUUGGUGGGACAGCCUCGUAGAGGGGCACCCAAAAACCGACGUCACCCAAAUCGAGUCGGUGAAGCGGUUCGACGAGUUCAGCGCGCCCGCGCAAAAUGAAAUGGUGAAGAUGAUGAAGCAGCACCGUGAGCGGCAGUCGCAGGGCGGCCUGUGA